AUGCAAAUAAACAUUUGGUUUUAUUCUGCGCCGCUUUUGUGCGCAGAUACCUUCAUAUGUUUAAUUUGUUCAAUUGCUAUAUGGUCUAUUAUAUAUAGAUACUUACAAGAAUAUUUAAAGGUUAUAUUUAUAAAUUCAUGUCUAAAACGUGGGUUUGUUUAUAUAUUACAACCGACAUAUAAAAUAAAAUAUAUAGUUAAAUAAAAUGUCUUUAUUUGAAGUCAGGCGUUAUGAUGAAGAAAAUGAACAAGAACCAAAAUCAUAUGACCACUUAUCAGAAUUAUAUAAAUUAAUUGAAGAGAGAAAGCAGCAACGUCUUAAUAAUAAUAAAAAUAAUAAUGAAAAUGAUAGCAAUAAUGAUAAUAAAAAAAAAUUACAAAAGAAACGUAAAAGAAAAUCAGAUGUUGGAAUUCCUAAUGAAAAUAGUGAAAUUGCAAAUAAUAAUGUCAAUGACAAUGAUAAUAAUAACGAUAAUGUUAAUGAUAAUGAAAAUACUGUUGAUGAAAGUAAACACAAGCAAGAUUUCAUGAUUCUUGGAGUAAAUGCCAGUAAAAAAAAAGCUAAAGUGACACGUGUGUUGCCUAAAUGGCUGACACAUCCAGAAAUAAUAUCAGCUGACUUAAAUAAUGGUCCUGAGUUGGAUGAUAACAUAAAAGAGUCAUUAAAUUUUGAUGAUCAGAUGAUGAAAACGUUACAGGACAAUGGAAUUAAAAAAUUAUUUCCUGUACAGUUGAAUGUGAUUAAAUGGAUGCUUAAAUGCAAUGAGUAUCGGCGGAUGGGCUGGUGGCCACGUGAUACAUGUGUGUCAGCACCUACUGGAAGUGGUAAAACUCUAGCUUACGUCUUACCAAUAAUUCAACAGUUAAAGAACAAUUUAAUAACUAAAGUACGCUGUCUAAUUGUCUUGCCAGUCCAAGAAUUAGCAGCCCAAGUUUACAAAGUAAUGAUCACUUACUGCAAGAAUACAAAUCUUAGAGUCGCUUUGAUUACCGGCGCAUCAUCUAUGGAAAUUGAGCAAACGAACCUCGUCAAAAAAACACAAAAUGGUGAUUUGAUAAGUCGUGUGGACAUUGUGAUAUCAACACCAGGGCGUUUGAUAGACCAUAUUGAAAAAACAAAAGGAUUUACAUUAAAUUAUCUUGAAUAUUUAGUUAUUGAUGAGGCUGAUCGUUCAACAGACUGGUUAAAAUAUAUUCCACACCCCCAUUAUAACAUUCCUUCGUUAACUAUAAAAAAUAUACAGUCAUGUUCGAUACCACCAGCGCAAAAAUUAUUAUUCAGUGCAACUUUAUCCCAAGACCCGGAAAAAUUGAGCCGAUUAAAUUUAUUCCAGCCGAUAUUAUUUACUUCCGUUGUCUUGAAGAAUCAUGACAAUGAUGAAGACAUUGAUCUAGAUAACGAAUGUGGUGAAUUUUUGGGUAAAUAUACUAGUCCUACAGAGUUGACUGAACGUUCUUUUGAAUGUUCGCCUGAAUACAAACCGAUUGCCGCCUGGAAAUUGAUAACCGACAAUGAAAAGAGAAAGAAGACGCUGAUUUUUACCAACUCUGGCAAUUCUGCCCAUCGUCUUGCGCUUUUAUUGAGUUUUAUGCUGGCUGAUAAAAAUAUUUGUGUCGACGAAUUGUCUUCGCAGAUGACGCCUAAGCAGCGGGGCGAAGUUCUAGAUAAAUUUAGUAAAGCGGACUCAGGAGUACUUGUAAGUUCUGAUGCAUUAGCACGCGGUGUUGACAUACCAAAUGUGACAGUGAUUUCUUACGAUUUACCAAAAAAUAUAAAAGGUUACAUCCAUCGAUCCGGACGAACUGGACGUGCUGGUAAAUUAGGAACAGCUAUAUCUAUAUUAACUUGUAAUCAAAUCCCAGCAUUUAAGCGAAUGCUCGCGUCAGCACACAAAGUUGUCCCGACAAUUGAAAAGUUUGAGUCAUUAGAAACUAUUGCCGAAGAUAUAAAUUACAUUGAUCAAUUGAGUAAACUAAAAGAAAUCAUCAGUAAAGAAGAAAUUAAAAAUAAUAAAGUAACUAAGAGUAAUGAUAAAAAAACUAAAAGAAAAUUUAGUAAUGAUAAUACUAAAUCUAAACGACAAUGUAAGGAAUAAAUUUAAGUUUUUUUAUUUUUUGAUCAUGUAUGUGAUUAAAUUAUUAAUAAAAAUAAAAAUUUA